CUCAUCUCUUACCUAUGGCUGCCGCGGCUGCUGCCCCCCGUCCGCCACGCCACCACGCACUCCAAAACCCAUAAAUAAAAGGCGCGAGGCCACACACGCAGCAGGCCGCCUUAAACACACCACCCCCCUCUCGUGGGCUGCGGCUGCUCCCCCCGUCAUGGACGCCCUCCCGCCGCCCGCCGCCGGCGACCCGUUCGCGGCCACCCUCCCGCCGUCAUUGCCGUCCCCGCCCCCGCCGUCCUCGUCGUCGUCGUCGCUCAAUCUCUCCCCCUCGCUGCUCAUCAUCGCCGCGCUGCUGGCGUUCGUCUUCUGCGCCUCCGUGUCGAUCCACUUCCUCCUCCGCUGCCUCGCCCGCGCGUCGUCGUCGUCAUCGUCGUCGCACCCGUCCCCGAGCCCGUUCCUGGCCAGGGCGCGCGGCGCGUCCGGGGCGGAGGCGGAGGAGGUGGGGGCGGGGUCCGCGAGGAGGAGCGCCGCGGCGGUGGGGCCGGAGGAGGCGCAUUCCGCGGAGGCGGUGGACGACGAGAAGGAGCGGCUGAUCGCGUCGCUGCCGCUGUUCACCAUGGCGUCGGCGCUGGCGGCGCUGCCCAAGAGCUCCCCGGACUGCGCCGUCUGCCUCUCGCCCUUCUCCCCCGACGCCGAGCUGCGGCUGCUCCCGGCGUGCCGCCACGCGUUCCACGCCGCCUGCGUCGACGCCUGGCUCCGCACCACCCCGUCGUGCCCGCUCUGCCGCGCCGCCGUCUCGCUCCCGCACCCGCCGCUCCCCACCGCCGCGCCCGCCGCCGCGGGGCCGGGCGCGCAGGAGCCGCUCGACGCGCGGGUCGGCAGCAGCAACAACAACUCGAGGAGCUUCCGCGUCGAGAUCGGCAGCGUGAGCAACCGCCGCUCCUCCGCCGCGGGCGACGACCGCCGCACCUACUCGCUCGGCUCCUUCGACUACCGCGUCGACGAGGAGGUGGAGGCCGUGGUGUCCCGCAUCACCCGCCCCGCGGUGUCGGCGGCGGCCAAGUCGGCGACCCACCAGGCCGCGGCGGCGACCCCCGGCGAGGCGCUGGCGGAGGCGGCCGGGUCCCGCGGGUGGCUGCGCGAGUACGUCGACCGCCUCGCCUCCUCGGCGUCGUCCCUCUCCGGGCGGUGGAGCGCGCGGUGGAGCCAGGGGCACGGCCAUCACAGCCGCAGCCAGAGCCAGAGCCACCGGCCCGACGACUCGUGGCGGUGGGACCCCGAGGCGGCGGCGGGGGCGGCGAUGCACCGCGCGCCGGACGAGGAGGAGCCCGGGUUCGUGGCCCUGUACCGUUGGAUCGUCGGGGUAUAGCCAGCUGUAAUUACGGGACCUCGCGAGGGCGUUUUUGCCAACUCCUUCCGUAUUCUUUCUUUCUUUCCUUUUUAUUAUUUAGGACUCCAUUGUAAAAACACAACAAACAUCCAGGACCCAGAGGUGAGCGAGAGUUUAGCGUCUCCGAAGCUUCUUCAUCCAUGCCGUUCAUCGACUUGUUCGUAGUUGUUUUCCGGAGCUGCAAAAUGCAAUGCGAUUUUGGAA